UUGCUUCUGUUGCUUUCUUGCAGGGAAUACAGAGCCGAGCCAUCUUCUUUCUGGGGAAUGGGGGUUAACGAGUUGGGGAAGGAGCGGCGAUGGGGGAUUCGGAGCUUGCUGAGGAGGAAGAAAGUGGAUUCCGAUCAGGUGAAGAGGCGGGAGGGUGGUCAGCUGCUGGCCAAAGAGCUCUCUGUCCUUCAGCUCGUUGCGAUAGGUGUUGGUUCAACAAUAGGUGCAGGUGUCUAUGUUCUAGUUGGAACUGUGGCUAGGGAGCACUCGGGUCCGUCCUUGGUCAUUUCCUUUCUGAUUGCUGGUGUUGCUGCUGCACUAUCAGCAUUUUGUUAUGCGGAGCUUGCAAGCCGUUGCCCUUCUGCAGGCAGCGCGUAUCACUAUUCAUACAUUUGUGUUGGGGAGGGAGUUGCAUGGCUGAUUGGUUGGGCUCUGAUCCUUGAAUAUACUAUCGGCGGGGGGGGGGGGCGCGGGAUUUCUCCGAAUUUGGCCUUAUUUUUUGGAGGACCCGGUAGUUUGCCUUCUUUCCUGGCUCGAGUUUACUUGCCAUGGCUUGAUGUGGUUGUCGAUCCAUGCGCUUCAGUUCUUGUCCUGAUUGUCACUGGUCUUCUUUGCGUGGGAAUAAAAGAGAGCACGUUUGUGCAAGCCAUCAUUACUUCAUUGAAUGUCUGUGUUAUGCUAUUUGUAAUCAUAGCUGGUGGAUAUAUUGGAUUCAAGUCAGGAUGGGUUGGAUAUAGUGUUGCAGGCGGAUUCUUCCCCUAUGGAGUUAAUGGCAUGCUUGCUGGCUCAGCAACAGUUUUCUUUGCAUAUAUUGGCUUUGAUUCAGUUGCAAGCACAGCUGAGGAGGUGAAAAACCCGCAGCGCGACUUACCAUUGGGGAUAGCAACAGCUCUAUCAAUAUGCUGCUUCUUGUAUAUGAUGGUUUCAGCUGUUGUUGUUGGCCUCGUGCCGUAUUUUGCCAUGGAUCCGGACACUCCAAUUUCAUCUGCUUUUGCCAGACAUGGGAUGCGUUGGGCAAUGUAUGUUGUCACUGCUGGGGCUGUGCUUGCUCUUUGCUCAACUUUGAUGGGAUCAAUUCUUCCACAGCCAAGAAUACUGAUGGCAAUGGCGAGAGAUGGACUAUUGCCAUCAUUCUUUUCAGAUGUGAAUAAAAGAACUCAAGUUCCUGUCAAGAGCACCAUUGUGACCGGGAUCGGUUCAGCUGUGCUUGCUUUUUUCAUGGAUGUUUCCCAGUUAGCAGGAAUGGUUAGUGUUGGAACACUUCUUGCCUUCACCAUGGUUGCAAUUUCAAUUCUAAUACUUAGAUAUGUUCCACCAAAUGAGCUGCCACUUCCAUCAUCCUUCCGAGAAUCAAUCGAAUCUUUACGACACAGUAAUCAAGAGGAGGAGGAUCCAAAUGAUCCUCUUCGAAUAAACGACAACAAAAGCAAGGGAAGCGCCGCACAAGAUGGAACCUCAAGAGAUUCUCCUCUUAUCAUUAAGAACACUGAUGAAGAAAAAUUGAAUGAACAAAAGAGACGCAGAUAUGCUGCAUGGAGUAUAGGAUUUGUAUGCAUUGGGGUUCUUAUCCUUACUUCAUCAGCUUCAGCAUUCUCAUUGCCUGAGUGCUUGCGCUAUAUGAUAUGUUCAUUUGGAGGCUUGCUCUUUGUGGCUGGCCUGGCUUCACUCUCUUGGAUUGGCCAAGAUGAUGGCCGCCAUAGCUUCGGACAUUCGGGAGGUUUCAUUUGCCCCUUUGUUCCUGUCCUCCCUGUCUUCUGCAUUCUCAUAAACUCAUAUUUGCUCAUCAAUCUUGGUGCUUCCACGUGGCUUCGUGUUUCGAUUUGGUUGGUGAUUGGUGUUAUUGUCUACGAGUUUUAUGGUCGAUUGAAUAGCUCGUUGACCGAUGUUUUUUACGUCUCAAUUGAAGAAGCCAAUGAGAUCUACAAGUCUUCAAAUCAGUUUGUUGCAUAGACUCAAAAUCAGGUUUUAAUUUCAUCAGCUGAUUGCUAUAAGACAGAGUUUAUAGCGAAGUCUACAAUUCUUAGUUUAUUAUUAAACUACAGCUGUACUAAACAGACCCUAAAUUAUUAAAUUUUUUACUGUUAUGAAUGUAUAUAUAAAAGUUCGAUGUUAAAAGUGUAAAUUGAAAGAAUUUGUGUUCAUACGUAAGCGGCCAUAAGAGA